UGUAAAUUCAAAUAACGAAAAAUGUGUAUAAAACAAAAUUAAAUAGCCAGCUGGUUGAGUGCAAAUAUAAAAAUCAUGCUGAAUGUAGAGUGUGGUUUAAAUGUUAAUCGAAUGCCUGAAUGAUUUGAUUGAUAAACAAUGGACGCUAAAUUGGACUCACGUCAAGGACAGUUUCCAGCUUCUUUUCCGGACACUUUUAAGGAUUUCUUUGCAAUGAUGAGUGAAGACGAAGACCAUCCUGAUUUAUUAUCGACUUUAUUGGAAGAUAAAGUAAUACCGCAUCACAAUCGGACAAUCGGACACAAUACGUCAAGCAACACAAACAGUAUUAUACAACGCCGUCAUGGUGGUAGCCUCCGUUGCCCUACACACCCGAAUAGUGUUGGUGGAGAAGGAGCAAACCUCUCUGUCGGUCGGUCCAGUUCGUUUCGCGUGAACCGACCGCGCAAUCCAGCCGCCACAUACGGAAGUGGUGUUGGUAGCAAAGUUACGAGUAACGGUAGCGAAGCUAGUGUUGGAAACAGCAUUUGCAGUAGCAUUAUCACAUUAAACAGGGUAGGACAGAAUGCCGGUUCUAGUGGAGUUUAUAGCAAUGGAGACCAUACUGGUAAUGGCAGUAAUAGUGAAAGUGGGGGCAGUGGUAGUGGCAAUGGCAAUUUGUUUUGCAAACACAUCAAGUAUUGUUGUCUGCAUCAACAAUAUCCACCAACAGUACCGGAAACAGCAUCCCCACCACACCAGCAAUCGCAACCAAAGCAACAACAGCCAACACAACCGAAAUCACCUCAUAAGCACCGCUCGCCAAAACAAUCAACUCAAAUGCAAUUGUUGAGCUCAGUAACAGUGCCGCCGGCGCAACAACAACAACAACAUACGGCAGUCCUACCAAAAAGGCACUCGGUAAUAUUGGAACGUGCGUUCGAUUUUGAUGCCAGUUGUGAGGAAAGUGAUACAAUAAGCUCCACUUCCUCCACAUCAACACCUGCUGAAUUAGCUUUGCCACCACCUCAGCAACCGUUAAGAAACACCACUACUGUACUGAAGCCUAUUCUAAAGAAACCAACAGCAGCUGUUCCACAAUACACACAACAACCACUUCUACCACUACACCAACAACAGUAUCAGCAGCAAGUGCAAAUGAAGACACUAAAAUCUACAGGACCAACGACAGCUAAGUCUCAACCAGUGCCAUGCAGCAAGGAUCAAAUGGCGCUGCAUCGUACUCUGCCACAGCCUCCCAAAGGAAUGGGCUUUGGGGCAUACCACACCAAAGAGGCGGUGCUACAGCGGGUACAACAACAAAGUGGCCUAGCUUUUGGCAGUCGCACAAAUCUAAACACUCUAAGUAGCAUGUUAGGAUCAGCGAUAAAUCUCGCCGGAAUCGGAGGCGGUCUAUGUGCAAGCGCUACCAAGAGUGUUAGCAAUAACUCAGCUGUUAGUGCGUGUGUUGAAAUGUUGGGCGGAAGUGCAAGUGAUUCCGUUGGCAACAUAAGUGGUGAACUGCACUACAGCAGUAGUAAUUACAACUUUGAUGCACCAGCAAAAACUGCCACAACAACAGCAGAACAAUCCGUAAUUGUUGAAACAGGGAACAUGGUCCCGGAGCAGAGCACGACGCUUGCAGUGACUCCUGCUUGCUGUGCUGCUGCAACCACAACUGGUAACUCUACUAUUCACGUUACCAACAACAUGUCGUACAUAGACUUAAAUUCUCCUACCGCGCCCCUGCCUCAGCCAAAAGCAUCAGCAUCAGUAAAUAAAUUCAGUGAUCUAUUAAAAUCUGCAAGCGCGAAUUUUGCCAACUCUGCAGUUGCUCCGGAUAUUAGCGCAAGCAUUAAUAAUAACAAUCAUAAUGGCACUGCAGCUACUGCUAUUACAUUGUGCGCAACCGGUCGUAGUAAUGCCUGCACCAAGCGUGUCGAAAAGUCUCCAUUGCUCACUCGGCGACGCUCUUCAUCUAUAGUGACGAACUUGUUGGCUUCUGAUAUUAGUUAUAAACAUGGUGAGGGAACUACUCUAGCGGAUAUUACGAAUUUGCGAAAUAAUCAUACUACAACAACAAGCGGGAAUACAACAACUUUAACUCGCAGUGGUACACGUGACCGCAUUACUUUAGCCAAAUCGCCAGUGAGCGGCAAACCGUCACGUCUACCCUCUCUGCAAUCUAUGGUCAUUGAAAAUACCGGAAGUUUCAGCGGCGGUGGCGGUGUGCUCACUUUUCAACAGGUUAUAUCUGGAGCUGUCUCGCCACAGUAUUCCUCCAUCCCAGCGCCACUCUUUGGUAGUGAGGGUGGUGGAGGUGUUGGUGGCAGUAUAGCAUCAAAUAUAGAUUUGUUGGGUGUCUCAUCGUCGGGGCUCGCCUUCGUACUGGAGGACACAGCAACAAGUGUUAAGGAAACGGUCAGUGAUACACUGCAAGCAGGUGACUCGCCCACCAUGAGCCAUCCGCCUAUCAACAACAGCGACAAUAACGGCUUGAAUGAUAAUCACUAUGAGUUGGAUAUAAUUCAAAGCGAGGGCGGUGUCGCGGGCGUAAGUGUGGACACUGAAUGUGUGCAUACUACUACAUCCAAUAUAUUGCACAGCAGCUCUUCAACCAUUGCACAUUUGCAGAGCAGUCGACACCGACAACGGAUGCGCACCUCCAGUAUGCCGGCAGAAAGUAGAAAGCCACGUCUCGCCGACACGCGACGUGCAGCAAUACACUGUGCCGACCUCGAUUUGGAAUAUUAUCGCCUGCGGAGUUUUAGCAUCACGUCGCAUGGUGUGUGCAAUUUAGGUGAUUCCCUGCGCCGGCGAUCACGUUCAAUAAACUCGGUCACAUCGACGGGCACUUCAAAUAGCGGCAAGGACCGAAACAACAGCAAUGCAUCGCAUACAUCCGGUGACAACAUUUUAGAGUCAACAGAGAAACAGGAUGUAAAUAAAGUGCCGAUACCCGCCUAUAAAAUUGCUAUGCUCGGAACUUCUGGUGUUGGUAAAACAACAUUAACCUAUCAAUUCACAACAUCCGAUUAUAUUUGCGCCUACGACUUGAGUCUGGACGACGAUUACGGCCAAAAAACGGUAUCAGUACUUGUUGACGGAAUCGAGACGGACUUGGAAAUCAUCGAUCAUCCUGCAUGUGAAAUGUCGACGGAAGCCUUUUGUUCGACUUACAACAUUGACUUAUUUGUCGUUGUAUAUUCAGUGGUGGAUCGAAAUUCCUUCAAGGCGGCAGAGAAGGUUUUACAGUAUUUGAAAGAACAUGAAAUGUUGCUGACACGUGGCGCUAUUUUGGUGGGAAACAAAACAGAUCUGGAGCGACAUCGGGAAGUGAAUCGGCAAAUUGGUCGGAAACUGGCCAAAGAAAUAUGCUGCAAGUUCAUUGAAACCUCUUCCGGCCUAGAUCACAACGUCAACGAACUACUUGUCGGAAUUGUUGCACAGGCGAAACUAAAUCCACAGCGCAUACGCAACCUCAGCGAACGUGAUCGUCAACGUCUCAGUCUACAAAGCGCAAUACAAAAACAUCGACAAAUGCAUAUUGCACCACGUCGCAUGGUGCGUCAAGUGUCUAUGUAUCACCCUGACGAUGAUGCAACAGAGAAUGUAAACAAAGGCUUCAGUGAAAUUAAGGCGGGGAAUGAUUGCAAAAGCGGCGACAUCAUCAAUGAAAAUCAUCAACCAACUACCACUGAGAGUAAGGGCCCAAGUAGUGAGCAUACCGUCAGCAAAAGUGUCUGUUCAAUAGGGAUAGUAACAAAGCCAACUUCCACGACAAAUUAUAUACAUCAACGCUCCAAUAAACGUGCUCUCAAUCUGGAAAGUAUUCUCAAGAUGGGUGAGAGUGAGUUAGAAGAUGAAGAAGAGUCACAGCGGCAUCCAACAUUAUUCAAGCAACAGCAGCAAGCACACCCUUUAAGUAAAUUUGAUUUACUUAUAUCGGGCGGCAAAAAUAGUUUAAAUUCAUCGCCGAAGAGUCGCCGCUUUUAUGGUGGUGGCGCUGUAAGUGGUGCUAUCAGUGCUUUAACGAGGGGAAGGCGUUAUGUUAGCGAUGAUGCAAGCCAUGCAAAUUAUGCGGAAAGUAAUGAUCACUUGCUAGAUGAAGGAAAUCGCAAAACUGUAUCCAAAUUAACGAAUCGAACAAAAGUUUUCCUGUCAUCGGUGUUGAAGUUCAAAAAGGCGGUAAAUAUGCGACGUCGGAACUCCUCAAGUUGUAGUGACCUUUUUGUUAUAUAAAAGUAAAGGAAAGAAGCAAUCAAUGAAAAGAUAGUAGAGAAAUUAAUUUGAAUUGAAUUGUAAUACGAGUAUAAGUCAGAAUAGUGACAUGUAGAAUCUCUAAGCUAAAAACCAACUCCGGAGUUUCGUCCUUGAGUGAUAGAACUCUCACUGGAGUUCUGGAAUCUGUAC